AUGGUGGUGGUUGUGAUUGUCACGAUAUAUAAUAUUUUUUUUAACGUGAAUGCAUCUGUAGAUGAUGAAAUCAACAAGGAAACUGACGAUUCUCAAUAUGAUAAAACAAAAAAAAAUGAUGAUGAUGAUAAGGUAAAAACAUUAAGCUUAUUGAAAACACCAAUACAUGUGGCUGUUGCAACUGAACAAAAACUUGUCACAGAUAAGUCAACUGAAGAUGAAUCAAGUUUUAUAUCACAAUUAUUUAAUGAUAAUUACAUAGAAAAUCUAUCUGAAGAUGGUGUUGAUCUAAACAAUAUACAUAGAAAUUUAUCUAUUUCACCUUCAUCAAAUCAUCUAUAUAGUGAUAUAUAUCACAAAUAUUGUAUCUUGAAAAAAAACUGGAUUUGUGGUAAUUACAAAGAAACCUCCAUAAAAGGCAAAUUCAAUAAUUAUCCUCUGUGUCUUCAAAUGGAUGGAGAAAAAAUAAUCAUAAAUUCUGCUUUUAAUGAUAUAAGUAUUUAUGAAAUUGCAACAGGAAGAUUAAUUAGAACACUUGGUCUUAGUAAAACAAUUAAUUCAUUACAAUUUAUUGACAACACAUUGGUUUCUAAUUGUGUUGAUGACCAAAUGAUUCGUGUAUGGGAUAUAUUGGAGG